ACCAAAUAGCUACUUUAAGAUGGAAUCAGAGGUUCUAGUGAGCUUUCAGUGCACAGUCAAGCUUCACUUCGCGGGAGGGACGCGUCAUCCGGUGCAGCAUAGUUGCAAGUUGUCCCUGGCCGUGUUAGGUGGCUCUCAGCCGUGUUUUAUGCUGGAGGGGGCUGGGAUGGGGAAAUUGAAGAAAAUGAAGUUCUCACGUCGUGAUCUCAAAUCAGUGGCGGCCACUCGAAUUAACGAAGGUCGUCUCUCGGUGACAGUUUACAAUCAGGAGUGGGAUACCAUCGUCCUUACUGAUGUACAAGAUAGACGAUCACUAGGGCAACUGCAUAGACAACUAGAGGGGCUCUUUCAUGGUACCUUCCCAGCAGUGAUUGAUGCUAGUGGGCGUGGCCCUGUAGUUGGACAGACCCCGCCCCCCUUGGUGUUGAAUCGACGCUCACCCAGUGAACAACAAUGUUUAUCGGUUAAAAAGAAAAGAGCUUAUAGUCUUAUUCCACAUCCUCGUAAUUGGAGAGGGGCCUCCAUGGUAGCCGCAGCCAAGUCCAACAACAAAAGCACUCCGUCAAACAAUUACAAGACUAACUCGUUUUACGGGUCCCCUGCGGACUCUAGUCUCCCCCCCACACUGUUGUCUAGUGGUGAAAGAUCUGGUGCCAAUAAGUCAGCAAAGAGGAUGCUUGUUCUAGACAGCGCAGAGAGCGAUGAUUUCUUACCUUCUCCAAACUUCAGACCUCCACGAGACUCCACCCCCAAGACGCAGCGCCCACCUCUGGGCACUCUCAGUACCGUGCCUCAGGUCGGCAAUGUUGCUAGGGGCAACAGCGCAUCUGUUACCAAGGGUAACGGGAGACUGGAACAGCUGCUGAGAUCAGAGGCUGAUCCAGACGGGUUUGCUAAUCUUGGCAACACGUGCUACAUGAACGCAGUACUGCAAAGCCUGCUCGGACUGUACCCUUUUGCCGAGGAUCUGUUAUCCCCUCAACUGGUCAGAAACGUGCACCCAAACUCCCUCUACAGGAUGGUGGUGAUGCUGCUCAAGUGUAAGAGAUGUAAGGACAGUUUUGAGAACCAGAGAAUACUGCUGAAGAAGAUAAAGUCGACUAUUUCAGUCAACACUCUGAAAUUUGUUGGAUUCAGACAACAGGAUGCUCAUGAGCUACUGAGCAUGUGUUUGGAUCAGUUGAAGGAUGAUGCCCAACAUGUUGGUAACCAUGGCAAUGACAGUUCCCACGGAAACACAGGCUCCAAAAAUGACACAACGGCAAAUUCCACAUCUCCCGUAGUGAUGAAUUUUGAGAGCAAUAUUGAGCACAAGAUUGUCUGCAAAGAGUGUGGUCAUGUGACACGUACGAGUCAGAUGGGCUACGACUUCUCUCUCCAGCUGCCCAAGAGAGUCCAUCACAAGCACAACGAGCAGGCCAACCUGCAGCUCCUGUUUGACCAGUUCUUCGAAGCUGAGGAGGUUGAGUUCAACUGCACCAGCUGUGGCUGUCAGACUGCAACACUCUCCCUGCAACUGGCUAGACUACCAAGGAUUAUGAUACUCCACCUCAAGCGCUAUGGUUACAACUACCAGCUGUCUGAGAACUCUAAGAGAGUGGACAAUAUUAGAAUACCACGAUACAUCAAUGUUGGACACAUAGCCAAGACUCAGUAUGAACCACCUCCCCUCUUCACUGCAUCCACACCGAGAGACCCUCACUCACCAGUAUUGGAGGAGAAGGAAAACCUGCUGACUAAUAGUACAGACACCGCCCACCACACACAAGGCUUCGCCCACCACAUACAAGACUCUGCCCACCACACACAAUUGCCCAUCGUCAGUCAUGAGAGUACACUUCAAUCCAAAUCAUCAGUAGCAUCAAACGACAGCAAUCACGGCACUCUCACGCCUCCACACACUCCCAUUCGCCCACGCACCACCUCCCACACAGUCACAAAGUGCACAACUCAAGACAGUGCGAUAGUAAUCCUGGAUUCAGACGACGAAGCUAAAACCGAAACAACAAAAGCAACAAAACAAACAGAUUUCAAAGAUGACAAUUUUCAACCCAUUGCCGUUAGCGAUCGAACCACCACCUCUUUGCUCGGUAAAAGAACAAUUUCUGACAGAUAUUCUGAACUUGAAGAAACACAACACACAAGAAUAAAUGUAUCAAUGGAGAGCUUGACUGACGAUAGUGGUACUGCCACCUCUUAUUGUAGCGACACGAAAGAUUUACUGAACGAAGAUCCUGUCAAUUCAGAUUCUGGUAUCGGAAUGGAGUCGAUUAGAACUGGAACCGAAUCUUCUGUUGUAGUAGGAAGCAAUGCACGUCUUGGAAUGAGUGAAGAAGAAGCUCAGCGAAUUCGCGAUCAAUCGCUGGCGGAGAUCGAUGCCAUGCUGGCUACUGUACCUCUAGAAGAACUCACUGGCUUUCCAAUAGUACAACCUUCCCAACUGAUCACACCUAGUAGAACUAUUGUGACCGCCCAGCCCCCGGGAAACUCUGAUACUGGUACAAUAUCACCUGAUAUAUGCGCCUCGUAUGACACCAGUGUACUGGAUACUAAUGCUUAUACUACAUGUACAUCUGUUUUGGAUACAAGUGAAACUAAUUUGCCGGCCGAGAAUACGAAGGAACAGAAAUCACCAGCUGCUGCUGAUGGUGACCUCGUCCCUGUCAUGGCAUUACCAGAGGUUAAAGGUUAUUUGGAUGAGCAGGAGGACUUUGAACGAGCUGUUAGAGAGAGCUUACAGACACAGGGCAGUGAGUUUCAGUUAGAGGGUCUGUCUGAAGAGGAGCAGUUGAGACUAGCGUUGGAACUGAGCAUUCAAGACUCUAUUUCAGCUGAGGCCACGCCCACUCCCCCUCCCUGUCCCCAAGGUAACCCGUUACCUCGACUAUCAGCUACGCCCACCCCAGAAAAACUAUCGACAGAGACUUAUCGGCUGGUGAGCAUAGUCAACCACAUUGGCAGAGGAUCAGCUGGUGGUCACUACAUCAGUGACGUGUACUCGUUCCCUGAUCACAGCUGGCGUACUUACAAUGACUCACAAGUCAGUGAAGUGAGGGAAGAGGACAUUAGACAAAGGAGGCAGACUACUGGAUACAUAUUCUUCUAUCUCCACAGGUCCAUCUUUACUAACGUGUCUGCACAGUUUGGAAGAUAAUAUUAAUUAAUUAAUGGACAAUCAUUAUUUACAAUACCAGAACGUAAAUUAUUAUAAUAUCAACUAUUAUUAUAGGUAUCAUAAUUAAAUAAUUAUUAUGCAUAUUAUUCAAUUGAUUU